GGGACUUUCAAUUUGCAGUCCCACCCUCUGUUUUCGUCCCUGCUCAGCCCUUUUCCAGCAUGUGUGUGUGUUGUGUUGGAAAAGGGAAAAACGAUAGAAGGAAAAGGGAAAAGGAAGAGUGGUCAGCAGGGUUGAAGUGUUGAAGGCAGAGACGAGAGGGGAAGUGGGUCUGAGUCAGGGCGUGUGCUGAUUUCUUCAAUGUUACACUGACUUAACAACAUAGCUGCCAUGGAACCUUCUAGACUGAUCUACUCCACUCUACUGACAGCUAACUGCUGUCAUUGUCCGCAGCUGUAAAUGUCCUCUGCCAUGGCAAAGCGUGAAGCUGGGAGCACCAGCCCUGUGGUGCGUCAGAUAGACAAGCAGUUCCUGGUCUGCAGCAUCUGUCUGGAUCACUACUGCAACCCCAAGGUCCUGCCCUGUCUGCACACCUUCUGUGAAAGUUGUCUCCAGAACUACAUUCCCCCAGAGUCUCUGACGCUCUCGUGUCCAGUGUGUCGGCAGACGUCCAUCUUGCCGGAGAAAGGAGUUUGUGCUCUACAGAACAACUUCUUCAUCACAAAUCUCAUGGAGGUCCUUCAACGAGACCCAGAGUGCUCGCGGCCGGAGGCCUGCAGUGUCCUGGAGUCGGUCAGUGCUGCAGCUGCAGGAAAGCCCCUCUGCUGCCCCAACCAUGAGGGAAAGGUGAUGGAGUUCUACUGCGAGUCAUGUGAGACAGCCAUGUGUCUGGACUGCACAGAGGGCGAGCACCGCGAGCAUGUGACUGUUCCUCUGCGGGACGUCGUGGAGCAGCACAAGGCUGCACUGAAGACACAGCUGGAUGCAAUACACAGCAGGCUCCCUCAGCUAACAGCAGCCAUCGAGCUGGUGACUGAGAUCUCUCGCCAGCUGAAUGAAAGGAAGAACGAGGCGGUAGCAGACAUUACCAGUACGUUUGAAGAGCUGGAGCGGGCGCUGCAUCAGCGCAAGACGGCCCUCAUCACAGACCUGGAGAACAUCUGCAGCACCAAACAGAAGGUCCUGCAGGCCCAGCUUUCAUCUCUCCUGCAGGGGAAGGAACACAUCCAGAGCAGUUGCAGCUUUACAGAGCAGGCUCUCAGCCACGGGAGUGCUACUGAGGUGCUGCUGGUUCAGAAGCAGAUGAGUGAGCGGGUAACAGCGCUGGCCCGACACGACUUCCCAGAGAGACCACAUCAGAAUGCACACCUGGACUGUCAGGUGGAGACUGAAGGUCUGCGACGCUCCAUCCAAAACCUGGGUGUUCUCCUCACCACAGCAGCUGUAGCUCACACCUCUGUCGCCACAGGAGAGGGCCUCCGCCACGCAGCGACCGGGCAGCACCACACCGUUACAGUGACAACAAAAGACAAAGAUGGGGAGCUGGUGCGGACAGGAAAUGCUGUUUUAAAAGCAGAGAUAGUGUCUGCUGACGGGAGCCGGGCCGCAGAGACAGAGAUAACGGACAAUAAGAACGGAACAUAUGAGGUGGGCUACACGUUACGCUCUGAAGGAGAGUACUCCUUUUCUCUGUUGCUGUACGGCCAGCCGAUACGCGGCAGUCCGUUCCGCCUGCGGGCAGUGAAGCCGUCGGACGUGCCACAAUCUCCAGAUGACGUGAAGAGGAGGGUGAAGUCUCCCAGCGGAACAGGGGGCCACAUACGGCAGAAAGCAGUGCGACGGCCUUCCAGCAUGUACAGCACCACCAAGAAGAAGGAGAACCCUAUUGAAGAUGAGCUAAUCUACAGAGUGGGUUCCCGGGGCAGAGAGAAAGGGGAGUUCACCAAUCUGCAGGGAAUCUCAGCCUCUAGCAACGGCAGAGUGGUGGUGGCUGACAGCAACAACCAGUGCAUACAGGUAUUCUCCAAUGACGGCCAGUUCAAGAUGCGAUUUGGAGUCAGGGGUCGGUCUCCGGGGCAACUGCAAAGACCAACAGGUGUCACCGUGGACAUGAACGGUGACAUUGUGGUGGCUGACUAUGACAAUCGAUGGGUCAGCAUCUUCUCCUCUGAUGGCAAGUUUAAGAAUAAGAUUGGUGCAGGCCGGCUCAUGGGUCCUAAAGGUGUGGCUGUGGAUAAGAACGGACACAUCAUCACUGUGGACAACAAGGCCUGCUGUGUCUUCAUCUUUCAAUCCAAUGGGAAGCUUGUCACUAAGUUUGGAGGCAGGGGGACGUCUGACAGGCAGUUUGCAGAAAAACUUGGCCCAAACUUAAAUAAAUCUGGCUCAGUGUUCAGUCCACACUUUGUUGCAGUUAACAACAAGAAUGAAAUUAUUGUGACCGAUUUUCACAAUCACUCUGUGAAGGUGUACAGUGCAGAUGGAGAGUUCUUGUUCAAGUUUGGCUCUCAUGGUGAAGGCAAUGGCCAGUUCAAUGCUCCCACUGGUGUGGCUGUUGAUGCCAAUGGAAACAUCAUUGUUGCUGACUGGGGUAACAGCAGAAUACAGGUGUUUGACAGUACAGGUUCCUUCUUAUCCUACAUUAACACCUCAGCAGACCCACUGUAUGGUCCCCAGGGCCUUGCCCUAACCUCAGAUGGACACGUGGCUGUCGCUGACUCCGGGAACCACUGCUUUAAGGUUUACAGAUAUUUGCAGUAAGCUGAGGGAAGACACCACCGACACAACUCCUGUUCAGACCACUUAAUGUCCCGUACUGCUUGUGGACACAGAGCUGCAAUAUGCCCGAUACACUUAAAGGACAAAUGAAUUUCCUUUUCAUUUUGUUUGUGCAUUCUUAAGAUCUAAUAUUCAGAGCUGAAAACAAAGAAAUCCAAGAAAAAUGUUUACCCAAGAUCCAAACAGACAAACAAACAAACAAGUGUAAUUAAAAUGUUUUUAAAGACAAAACAAGCCGAAUAUGAGAAGGAAAAUCUCAAAAAACCUUCUUGGUAGAACAAAUGUUGAACGGUUUGACUGAUCACUCAUGGUUUGUCUACCUUACAUUGUCAAAACAUUUAGUGCUCUUAACCAAAUGAGGGGAAAUGAACUGGAAGUGAACCUCUGGAACAAGGCGUUUCAGCUCUGUGUCUUACAAGCAUGACCUCACCAGUAGAUAGCCUGACAGACUAAAGUUGGUGAUACACUGCAAUUUUUUGGGCAAUGCAGAUGGGCAACACUCCCAGCAACCAGCAAACUAAAUUGAGACACAGAAGCAGAAGUCAACUGCCUGUUUCCUGGUGAGAAGAUGAUGCUUUGUGAUUGAAGUAACAAUGCUCAGGCCUUUUUUUCUUGAACACUGUUGCAUGUCAGUGUGCUCCAAAAAAUUACCCUGUGGUCACUGCCUUACAAUUUCUCUCAUCAAUAAACACAACAGGAUACAUACAGACAGGAAUGUGUUGUUUAAAUAAUUGUUUUUACUCUCAAUCUGCACCUUAUCACACUGACAAGAUCCCUGCACAUGAAUAUAUAUUUUUUGUUACAUAUAUGCAAGUUUUUUGUUUUGUUUUGUUUUGGUACCCAAAGACAAGCAUCAAGAAGCACAACAGUUAAUAAAACAAAGGGGUUUUUUGGACACAACAUCUGAACCAGCUCCACUUAAGCAUCAAGUCCGGUCCCCUCUAGCUAGUCUCUCUAUUCUAUUAACCAAAACAAAUGUCUUAUAUCUGACCCCACUAGUUCUUGCACUUUUGUGUAUUCAUAUCUACAACCUAAUGUAGUUGUACAUACGCAUAUUUAGGUGUAUAUAUGGAUUUGGUGUCCAUGUUAUUUCGCUAUAUAACCUACUUAUUCCAGCUCUUUAUGAAUCAAUGAUUUCAACACUGGAGUAUAUACAAAUACAGUAGAAGGUCAUGCCAAGUAGUAGCCAACUGAAUGACUUGCAAACAUCAAUGGAACAGUUGUUGUAUACACAUUAUUUGCUGUAUUUUAUUUUUUCAAAGGACUUAAUUUAUUUUUAAUUUUCUUUUCUACAUAAUUUGUUCUACAAAUUAUUUUUCUAAUUGGUGCAUUUGAACUGUCUCCUCUUUGCCAAACAUUGUUGUACAUAGGCCUUGUCACUUGUAGCACUGAAGCUGUUCUCUCUUUUGCCUCCUCCCGAGCUCACAUCCAGUUAAAACAGUUAAAACUUUUCCUUCUGCCAAAACGUAUUGUCGUAAGUUGUUGUUGAACAUUGCACAAAAAUACAAAUAUUCUAAGAGUUAUAUAGUUUGCAAGAGUAAUAUAUGCCUCUGUGUAUAGUUAUCAUUUAACAUAAUCAGAAAGUGUACUGUAUAUUCCAAUCAUAUUCUUGUUGUAGCUGACAAGCGCCUUUACCAUGAGUUUUCCAGUAGUUGCAUUUAAUUUGCUUUGUAGUUUCAGCAUUUUGAAGGUUUUCUGUGUGACUCCUAGAGAAAUACAACACCAGCUGACACGCAGUGACAGAAAGAUUUUCACCUGUGUUUUACAAUUAAAUUGUCUCCCCCUGAUUACUCAUCUGUAAUAUCAUUCUGUCUCCAUAUGCAUUUCUCAUUUAUUUGAUUACCUCUCUGUUCUGACAGAUUCUGACUUCCUCCCUCCAUUAAUUUAACUCCUGUGUUACUUUUUUUUUUUUUUUUUUACUGGUAUGUCUUCUUUCACCUGUAAAGGUCACUGAGCUUCUCUUGUGUGUGUGAAAUAAAGGAAGCACAUAUAAAUUAAACACUACAUCAGCCAUCUUGUGUAGCCUACUGUAUACUACAAGAGGCCAGUCUUACAAGAAGUAAUCACUAUGUAAUCAUGGCAAAGGUAUGAUUGUAAAUAUUAAAUAAUAACACUACAAA